AUGGCCACCUCCCUUCCUGAAGAGAUUGAAUGGAACCCGUUUUGGACCUUGACGCCUAGCGAGAUGGCGGAAGCGUAUGCUCGCAUCCCCGUCUACCAGGAAUGUCUCCGCGAUGCCGGCCAACGCAACAACCUGCUCGCAAUCCUGAACUCUGGUAUGGCUACGGCCAUGCAGUGUAUCCUCGCGUGCGAACGUCUUGGUCCACAGGCGCCCCACUCGGCCGACAGGUACGGGAAUGGGUGGACCAAGAGCCAGUAUUGGUACCUCGAGCGUAAGGCGGUGGCGACUGAUGCGAGGGCCAUGAUUAUGCUUGCAAUGUCGUUUUUGGCUCCCAACGAGUUUGGCGAGGUCGUGGACACGAACACCAAGCAGCGUUUUGAUCUCUGGACAGUGAUGAUGGAGGCUGAGAGGGCAGUGGAUGACCUCCAGAAUGUUGCGCUUGAGAUGCGCAACCCUGGUCCUGUGGGUCCGCUGCAGUGA